UAUAACUUAUCCCACUGAGUCAAACCAUCUAUAGCAAUCAUGAACUGCAAACUGGUGGCCCUGCUCGCCGUGUUCUGUGCCGUCCUGCUGACAGACACUGACGCCCUCAGACUCCGCAUUCGGGGCAGACGUAUUUGGAGGAGGAUCAAGAAGCCUGUGUGUCGGGCAGCCUGCACCUACACGUGUACGGCGGUGACGUCAGGCUCGGCGGCACCCGUCUGUGGUGUAGGGUGUCGGGAAGCCUGCAGCAGGAGGAAGAGAUCCCAAACUGAGCUUUUCCACGAGACCAAAAACCAAGUUGUCAUUCCUCUCCCCCGAGACUUCGACCUGUACGACACAAAUAAAGAUGGCGUUAUCAAAGUGACGGAGUUGGCGGAGUUGUUGUCGCUGGAACCAUCUCGGGAUGAUGUCAUCAAGGCUUUCUCUCUGGCAGACUUUGACGAUGACAACCAACUCAGCAAGGCUGAAUUUUUGGAGGCACCGUGGUUUUUUGAGCAAGCAGGGGAUGAAAUCGAUGACAGUAAGGGACUGAGUGAAGAAGACAUGAAGAUAGAGUGA